AUGUCGUACAGCACCGAUCAGUCCAGAGCUCCCAGUGGCAUCGAAUCGCCGGCUUCACCGUACCCGCAGGCCGGCCAGGGUACUCCAUUUACCAGCCCCGAUGGGUCUGUCUUUGAUUUGGGUGACGUCGAUGAGCAUCUUCUGGCUUCGUUGUGCGGCGGAGUUGCGCUGGAGGACACCCAAGAGACCUUGGUCCAAAUUGCGCGCCGCUGUGGAGAGAUAAUCCUCGCUGCCGACCCCACCGCCGACGCCUCCGACACCAAGAACAACUCCAGCGAUCGCGUCACCGAGACGGACAAGCAGGUCGAGGAGAUAGUCCACCAGGCCGUUCGCACCAAAUACCCCAACUUCAAGUUUCUCGGCGAAGAGACUUUCAAGGAGGGCACCAAGCUGACGGACGCGCCCACCAUUGUCGCCGACCCGAUUGACGGCACUCUGAACUUCAUCCACGGGUUUCCGAACGUCUCAAUUUCCCUCGCUUUGACCGUCGGCCGCAAGCCCGUGGUUGGCGUUGUAUAUAACCCCUUCCGCAACGACCUGUUCACUGCCAUCAAGGGAAAAGGCGCCUUUCUGACCCGCCACGACGGCCGUCGAAUCCCCCUCCCUGGCAAGCGCAACCCUCCUCCGAUCGACUCCCUCAAUGAUUGCCUUGUUGCCAUUGAGUGGGGCAACCAACGCAGCGGACCUAACUGGGACAUUCGCACCUCUGUCCACAAGAAACUUCUCUCUUCAAAGGACGCGGGCGGCGCUAUGGUUCACAGCGUCCGGAGCUCUGGAUCCGCGGCUCUCGACUUCUGCUACGUCGCUGCUGGCUGGAUGGACGUCUUCUGGGAGGGUGGCGUCUGGAUCUGGGAUAUCUGCGCUGGCUGGAUCAUCCUUCAGGAGGCCGGUGGCCUCAUCGCCAGUGCCAACCCGGGCUGCUGGGAUCCGGAGCUAGAGGGCCGUUGCUACCUCGCAGUCAGGGCCGCCCCGGAACGCGAUGGGCAGAAGAGAGUUGUCGAGGAGCUGUGGAGUCUGAUGGACGGCCGCAGUUUUGCUUACCCCGUCGCAAAGAAGUGA